UUUGAGUUGAUGUAAUAUUGUGUCCACGUUUCAAGAUAGCCCGAGGACAUUUCCCUCCUGAUUAUUAUAGUUUGAUUUCUAGUUUAUGAUAUGGUUGAUUUUAUACGACGCCUAGGCCUGCAGCAAAUUGAACAACUGGCCCUGCCCUGCCCUGUGGUCUAACAUGUGCAGUUUCAGUUUGGAUGGAUACUUGUCUUCUUUUGCAGUCAACUCAUGUGUAAGAAUAUAUCCAGCACUUUUCAAAACAAGGUGACUGUGCAAAUUUACUGAAAAUGUCUUCGUCAUCAAAGUGCCUUGAAGGACUAGAACUUCAACUUGCUGAGGUGGACAUGUUAACAUCCAUGUAUCCGAACCCUGGAGAGUUUGAACUGGACGAUCCUGUGGCAGUAGAACUUGUCCGCGCUGUGGUGAAUAGAAACCUUGAGCUGGAGAGUCUUGAUACACGGAUUGGGUUCACUAUUAAAGUGUCAUGUGAGGAAAAAAACAAGAAGCUGACAGUUGUGCUGGUAUGCCUGCUGCCCCAUGAGUACCCCUUUGUAAAGCCACAAAUCUUCACUAGAGCCUCAGAUAUGAGCCGGGAACGACACAAGGAACUGAGGGAAGAUUUACAAAAACAGCUGGAGAGCUUGCAGGAAGAUGAGCUUGUGGUUGGGAUGAUGGUAGAGUGGCUACAGGAGAGGUUGUAUCAAGAGCUGCCCUUCCUCGGCACCAACAACAAAGUUAAGAAAACAGAAGUAGGAUCCGGGUCCAAGAAGAUAACAGACUCUGGGAGAGACACAAUAACAAGAUUGUGGGUGUACAGCCACCACAUAUACAGCAAGAUCAAGCGGCGCGACAUUCAGGAGUGGGGGCAGGAACUCGGACUUCACGGCUUCAGCCUGCCUGGAAAGCCAGGGGUCAUCUGUGCGGAGGGCUUCACAUGUGACGUGGACGAAUUCUGGUACCGCAUCAGGAGGAUGACCUGGAAGAAAAUCUGCAUUAAGGAGCAGGAGGUGGACCCUUCUCCUAGUUCCGGAGACUUGCGGGAUGGCUGCAAGUUUGAUUCCUUCUCGGAGCUGGUUCUAAAUGCUCGUGGUGGCAAAGGCAGAGAAUACCACAUGGACCUGGGCCAGUUCAAUACCUACCUACAAGAACAUGGCAGUGGACACAUCUUUAAUUUAUUCUUUGGUGUGGACGGUCGGCAAGCAGAUAAUGACGAUGGAUAAUGGCAGGAAGAUUUGUACUAUUUGUUGUUGUUAUUAUUAUUAUUAUUAUUAUUAUUAUUAUUAUUAUCUUUAAUAUUAUAAUGUACACUUGCUCUUCAGCAGCACAGCUGAGGGUGGGCUUAUCUGUAAGUGGACAAUGUGCAAAGUGCCAAAGUGCCUGAAAACUGACAUUUUGAAAACUUGAACUGUUUUUAUAUAUUUGAAAUCAUCAAGGACCUCAGUUUGCUACAGUCUACUUGGUCCCACACUGAUUUUGUUCUAAAUUUACAUUUUAUGCAUCAUAUUGUCUGUUCCCUGACCAGUUGUCACUAGGCAUGUAGCCUAUUUAUUGUGUUCUGCAUUUGUAUAGAGGUGUCUCACUGUGUUCAGCAAUAGUCCUGGGGAAGCCUGAAAAAGCUGGGUCCUGAAAAUGUCACUUUAUUGAAGAAAUACAACGCAAAAAUCUUUAUUUUUAUAUAUAUAUAUAUAUAAAGAUUUUCUAAUCCCAAUUUUGUUUUUAAUGCUGAUUAAGUUUUUCACUUCUCAGUUGUACAACUCAAUAAAGUAUUUAGCCAUUGAUUCCUUGGUCGUGAAA